AUUGACAUUUCCUCACAACAUUUGUGUUUAAUCACAAACAGAUCGUAUUGCGAAGCAUAUAUCUUUACAAUCGAACGUCUGUCUGGUCAUCUAUUUUUGAGUAGAAAUCAUCAGCAGAACAUCAUGGCGAGCAGAAACACAGCACUAAGCAUUUACAAAAUUAAUAUUUGUUUCGAUAUACCAAACGUCAGUGCGCUGAAUAAGGGUGGUCUUUGGUCACCUAAAGUCAAGGUCUAUGAUAUCCCAUGGAGAGUAAAUGUUUGCAAGGAAGCUUGUGAAGGGGAGGAAAUGCUAGGAGUUUACUUGUAUUGUGAACAAGAUUCUGAAUUUUCAAAUUGGUCAUAUACAGCACAUGGCAAAUUCAAAUUGUUGUCAUUCAAUGGCAAUCAGAAUGAAAGGGAAUUUGUUCUCACACCAGACGUUUUUGAUAAAGAAAACCCAAGUUUUGGCUGUUCGUUCAUUGAAUGGCGUGAUUUAUUCAAUGCAACCAAUCAAUAUGUUAAAAAUGAUACGAUCAGUUUGAAAAUCAAACUCGAGGUGGCCAAUCCGAAUGAUGAGCACAAGAGUGACUUGAUUUUGGAAAACAUUGACAAAUGCUGCGAAAAGAGUGGUUUGGGUAAAUUCCGACUAACUGUGCGCAACAUCAAGAAAUUGUUGGCGGUUCGAUCACCAUGCAUCGUGUUGCGGAAUAUACGCUGGUUUUUAACAUUCUUCAAAGAAUUUGACCAGCUUAGCAUCAGUUUAAAUUCCUCCAACAGAUCAGAAGAAUUUUCGUACGACGUUCAAAUGAUGGUCAAAUUGAUUUCAUCAAAAUCUUCGGUAAAACCAAUUGAACAGAUUCAGGUUAAAGAAAUGAACAAAGGUGACUGUUUUGAGGUGGAACAACUCAUUUCAUGGGACGAGCUUUUGAAAUCUCAAAAUGGUUUUGUGAACAACAAUUCGAUUGUCAUCGAAAUUGAAUUGAAAGUGAACAAGCCUGGUAGUGUUGCUUCAAACUCACAAAAGCGCACCGUGUCUGGUCCAUUGAAUGAAGCAAAGCAACGGAAGAUGGAAUGUGCGAUUUGUUUCAAGGGAUUUGGAACGCAAGAUGUCUCCAUGACCAAUUGUGGCCAUCUGUUUUGCUCCAAAUGCAUCCAGGACGAAAUAGCACGGAGCAAAGUAUGCCCGACUUGCAGAACCGGCGCUUCCUUGGGUCAACUGAAACGUGCACAUUUACCAUUUGUGAAUUAGCUGAAUUUACCGCUCAAAAGAUAAAUCGAAGCAGUGCGUGCCCACAAAUCGAAUCAUGAGACACCCAAUCAAAAUAUCUUCAACUGAAUUCAACCUAUGGAUUUAAGUGAUUCAAUUAAGUUAGUUAUUAAACACAGUCGAAUGACUGUGGUUUUUGUUUUGUGGUUUAAGCUAGUUAUCUUAAAAUGAAAAUCCUUUCGUUUGGCUUGUAAAACCGUUUUAGCCUUCCAGUCAGCAGUCGAUUUAGUACAAACUGUUGUGCGUAAGUUUGCACCAUUCGAACUCAGUCGACUAUAGAUUCGUUUUGCCACACAUUUGUAUGCAAAUCGAAGAAAAUCGCGGACGUAUUUCGUUGAUCAUUUCUGUUUUUGUGAUAACUUCGUUUGCUCUUAUGUUAUUCUAAAGCAAGAAGACUUCUUGCAAUUUUCUGAUAAAAUAAAAAUUUGAAUUGAAAUCGGUAAA